AUGGCUCAGGAGACAGACGUACAUGACCUACCUCUGAAGGAGCCUGCUGUUACCGGAAAGCUUCCACUAAAUCUCGCCUCAGCGCCUUCGUCUGGGCCUUUCGAAGCCUUCAUCGAGCAGCAGGUUGCUGCUGAUCAGGAUGCUGAUGCAACCAAGAAAAGCACUGACGACAAUGGUGAACUUGCUGAAGGAGAGGCACGUGAAGAAGGGGACGCUAAGGACACUGCUGAUGAUGACGCGCGGUCAACGGAUGCCCCUGCCGAUGACGACGACGACUGUUACCUGAGUGAUGACAGCGACGAUCACCUGGAGCCGGACUGUCUUAACAGCAUUAUUGCUUUAAAGCGAUUCACACUAACCCUGUUGGUGCCGAUUGCCAGGAAAGUGGAGGUUAAGCGCGCGGCUCAAACAGUUGCUGCCAUGCUGGAUGAAUGGAAGGAAUUAUUAACGCCAGACGCGCUGCUGACCACAGCUUACCAGGACCUCGCUCCGAUGCUCCUGGCGGUGGUCGUUCGCUGGGGAGGCCUGGAGUUCCUGUUGAUCGCAGCAUACAUCCCGGCUCAGGCGGUGAAUAGGAGCAGCUUUUACAAAGACAGCCUGGAGCCGUUUCUGCAGUCCUUGCCGAGUUUCCACCAUAUUUUGGUGAUGGGGGACCUCAAUGUGGUCGAGGACCCGGACUUGGACCGCACAUCGCACUCCGGCUCCUCGGCAGAGAAUCAAAGGCUUCUGAGCUGCUGGGGGAACACGGAUUUGAGGGAUGCUUUCAGGCACUUACAUCCGGACAAGAGGGAGUACACGUUCUUUGCUAAAGCAACAAGGUCCAGCUCGAGAAUCGACAGGGCGCUGAUAUCUCAGCCGCUGCUGUUGCGAUUGGUGGAAGCGAAGCACGUGGCGAUCACGAAUGGGAUGACGGACCACUGGCGCGGAAUAGGAGUGGUGCUGGAAUCUGCAGACACGAUCAAGAAAGGGCCGGGCAUUUGGAGGUUGAGGGCGGAGCAAACGAAAAAACAGGGAGUCAGAAAAAUCAUUAAGAAGAUCAUCGAGGAAUCCGCUGGUGAACCUGCUGUCCGGCUGCUAGGAAGGUUACCCGCCUGUCUGAGGGCGUACUCACGGGAGGAAAGGAAACGGGAGAAGGCGACCAGAUUGCACCUCACCAAAGAAGUGGAGCGGUUCCGCGUCCGAGUGUCAAGAUACCCACACUGUCAACGUACAGGCCGGAUCUUGCUCAGGAAAGAGGAGUUGCUGGAAGCGUACGAAAAAAAUCACAAGGAGAAACUGCAGACUUGGGCAUGCGUCGAAGCAGAGCUGGAUGGGGAGGUGGCAUCGGGAUUCCUGUCUGCGCAAAUCAAAGCACGCAAGGCAGGGACGGAGAUCCGCGAAGUAUCAAGAAAUGGGAGUGUCUUCUCAGGGGUGAAGGAAGUUCUCUCGGCGGCAACCGAUCACUUCCGAGAAGCCUUCGGAUGUUCGGAUGGAGGCGCUUUACCUGUAACGGUUGACCGUACCAUGCAGCGGCAGCUGGGAGAGAAGAGCAAGGUUUCGCUGGGGGCACCCUGGGCGGAGGAAGAGGUGCGGAAGGCAGUUCGGGAGCUCGCCCCGGGGAAAUCGCCUGGAGCAGAUGGCCUGCCCAAGGAGCUCUUCGACCAUAACUGGGAUUUGCUGGGGCCGAUCUUGAUGGACCUGGUGGGGAGGUUUACAAGGGGAGAGGACCUGCCGCAAAAAAUCACCACAGCGGUGACCAUUCUGCUGCACAAAAAGGGUGACAAAGGUGACCUCGGGAACUACCGACCGAUAACGCUUCUAAGCACCGUGUACAAGAUCUUAGCAAAGGUGAUGGCGAGCAGGCUCAAGACUGUUCUGCACGAGGUCUUAUCGGAGGACCAGUACGGCUUCAUACCUGGUCGUCAGUUGGCGGACGCGGUGGCGGUGGUGGCAGACGCCAUAGAUGCGGGGGCAAGCGGGAAGGAGGACUGGUUCUUGCUGAUGGUCGACUUCUAA